AGUUGAAGGUUACAUAAGUGUAUAAUUUAUUAUAUUUAAUAGACUGGCAUAGAAUUUAAAAAAAAAGGUAUGAAUAUGCGUAUAGAUCUUGAUAUUUCAGUUACCGAAUAAAAUAUAUAUUUAUGAUAACUCUCCACGGGAUUUAAAAAGUUUUCCGACCAAUCGCAUCGCAGGGAAUUAUUUUAAUAUUAGAGUGAAGAGAUAGAUUAAACAAUCAAUGUGACCACCUAUGUUACCAACCACUUGUUUCUAGUUUUAAUUUUCUUAUCAAUGAUUUUAUUUAUCAAUAUCAAAAUGGACGUUAUUUUGUUAAUUCUGUUAUCAAAUAAGCAAAACUUUUCAAAAUUGUAAAUAUGUUAUAGAUUAUAACGUUUCAAAUAAAUUAUGUGUAAAUAUAAAAUGUAAAUCUACAGAACAGUGAACUUAUUUUGCACUAAUACCAUUAUGAAUCAGGCUGAAAAUAAUGAACAGUUUGAAUCAAUUAGAUAUCAAUUGGAUGCACUUGGCUAUCGUCAAUAUAUGCCAUCUGAUUCAAUAGGCCUUGUCAGUCAACUAGUAGCAGACUUAUUGCAGACAACUGAUAGCUUGAAGCAGUACAAAAAUAUCGCUCAAAACACUCUCCAGGUUGCUAGAAACUUAGAAGCAAAGUCUACUCCAUAUGUACGAGAUAAUUGCUCACUUAUACAAGAAUGUAAUGAGUUGAAAACUAAACUAAAAAAACUACAAGAAAGUGAAAAUAACAUUUUGAAUAAAGUUUCUAUUCUUGAAUGUGAAAAAAAUGAAUGGACACAAGAAAAUGAAAAACUUACACAAAAAGUAAAAGAUUUAGAAGAUGAAGCUGUUUUGAAAAAUGCUAAACUAUUAGAAUUAGGAAAUCUAUUUCUUAUCCCUCAAAUUGAAGUUAAAAAUAAAAAUUUUAAAUCUUUUAGGCCUACAAUACAAAUUGAUAAUUUAAAUACUUGUAAUAAUGAAGAAAUAAAUACUGAAACUUCAAGUAAAGAAAAUGAAUUUUUAAAGCAAAAAGUAGAUGAAUAUAAUCGAGAAAUAGUAAGAUUAAAUAAAAUUAUCAAACAUACAAAAAGUCAGUGCAAUAAGAAUCCACUGUGCCAGGUGAAUAAAAAUAACAAGGAUUCUUUUAUAAACAACAAGGCUGAUAAUGAAAUACUUAGAAGGCAGUUGGAUGAGGCAUUGGCUAAUCAUAAUGAAGCAAUUUUUCACCUUACUAGAGUAACUGAAGAAAAAAAAUCUCUUCAGCGUUCUCUAAAUGAAUAUAUUAAAAAUCAUUGUAACUGUGAUAAGGAUACAAGUGUUAUACUUGAAAACAAUACACAGUUGGUUGAACUUAAAUCAAAAAAUCAAGCUCUUGAAUUUAAAAUAAGUGAAUAUGAAAAUAAAUUGAAAAAAGCUCUUAAUGAUCAAAAACUACUUUUAGAAAAUAAGAACCACUCUAAAAAUAUCGAAAGUGAUUUGAUAUUAGAAAUAGAAAAAUUAUCUGAGGAAAAACAUUUACAAUCACAAAAAAUAUUACAACUUGAAGAAAUUAUAGAAAAAUCAAAAAAUAAUGAUAAAACAAAUAAAUGGCAAGAAAAUAGAUAUUGCACCAGUUCUAAUAUGGUAUCAUCAGAAGAGCUUAGAAAAGCUUUUGAUGCAGAACGAAAAGAGUAUGAAAGGAAAUUAGAAAAAUUAAUUAAAUCUCAAUUAGACCCAUUAAUACAUGGAAAAAGGUCAAAUGAUUUGGAAGUUGCUGUGAGUAAACUAAGAGCUGAGCGAGACGAAUACCUUUAUGAAAUAAACUGUUUAAAAAAACAACAUAAUACAGAAGUGAUAGAUUUAAAAAGAAAAAUUGAAGAAAUAAAAAGAGAUGAUAUUGAAAGAUCAGAUAGACAAAACAUUUUAAAGCUCAGAAGAGAAAAAGAUGAAUUUGCUGAAGAAAUAAUUAGUUUGAAGAAAGAAGUUGAUUUCUUAAAUUGUCAACUUAAAAAAACUAGAGAGUCGGUAGAGAGUAAUGAAUACAAUGAAAGAGAAUAUAUCAAACAAUUAGAAGAUGAAAAACAUCAAUUGAUUGAAAAGCAACGUUCACUUACCUGGGAUAAUAACAAUAAGCAAAGAGAAGCAGAUAAAUAUUUCAGGGAAGUUUCUCAGUUAAAAGCAGAAUUAAAAAGACAUAUAGCUAUGAUGGAUGAUCAAAAGCGUUGUCAAGAUCGACUUGAACGAGCACUACAGUCUACACAGUUUGCUCAAAAUGCUAAUGAAGAAGAAUUAGAACGAGCACAUGUUCGGAUAGAGGAACUAAAACUUUUAAAUAAUAAACUUAAUGAUCAACUGAUCGAAGAACAACAAGAAAGACAUAAAUUUCAAAAUAACACAAUUACCAUUGAUCAUCAUCGAGAUACAUUAACAAAUGAAUUGGAAAAAAAAAACAAGCGGAUUUCUCAUCUAGAUUCAUUAAUUAUGGAUAAAGAAAAUCAAAUUCAAUUAUUGCAUGCAAAACUUGGAGAUGCUACCAAAAAAAUUACAAAUGCUUUAAGUUCUCAGUCGGAAUCUGAAAAGUUAUGUGAUCAUCUAAAACUAGAACUUUCCAAUAUUAAAUCAGAGUAUAAAUUAAUCGAAAGUAGUAAGAGUAGUCAACUCAAAGAAAAGAAGCGGCUUCAAAAUGAUUUAGAUAUGGUGGUUCAAGAAAAUAAAGUUCUUCACUCUGAAUUGGAAGCAUCAAAAAAACAAGCCGAAGAUUUAAAAAUGCAGUUGCAAGUAUAUGUUUUAGAAAUUAGACGUGUUGAAGAGAUGCUUGAGACAAAAGAAUCUGAAAGGGAAGAAAUAUUAGAACAGUUUAAAGCCCUUAACAGUGAAGCCACUCAGUUAGAAAGCAAUAACCACAGUCUUGAAAGUGAAGCUAAAUCUUCCAGGACGCUUCUUAGAGAAAAAGAACAUAGAUUGUCUGAUUUAGAACGUAAACUUAUAGAUAAAGAAGGUCUUAUAUCAAGUUAUGAGGCUCAAAUAUCCAAUUUGACCCAUCAAAUAGUUUCAUUGGAAUCUCAGUUAACUUCCAGAAACAAUCAUAUUACAAAACUGGAACAAGACUUAGAUGCUUGCAGAAAUAUAUGCUCAAAGGUUGAUUCAGCUAAAUUUAGUUUGAAUGAACGGUUAGGUCAUGUUGAAAAUUUACAGCAGAAGGCUGAAGAUGAACGUUUACGAUUAGCAAAUGAACUAUCAAUGGUGAAUUUACAAUUAGAAAGAGAACGUUCAAAAAUAUCUACUUUAGAAUCUGUAUUGAAAGAUUCUAGACAAGAAUGUAUGGAAUUAAAUAUUAACAAAAAUGAUUUAAAAGAACAAUUAGAAGAUAGUAAAAAAGAAAUAAAAAAUCUUGUAGAAUUACUGGACAGAACAAAAAAUGAAUUGAUCAUGUGUCGUUCUACAAUAACUAGUUUUGAGAAAGAAAUAAGCUCGUUAAAACGACAAUUAAAUGAUGUAAAAUUUGAAAAAGCAAAGUUAGAACAAGCUAAAAGGGAAUACCACAGCACAACUUUAUAGUAAAUUACAAAUGAUAAUUGUAUACAGUUCAUAAUUAUGAUUUAGUUCUACAUAAUACACAUCAAUAUAAGUUUUAUCAUCUAAUAAACUUAAAUUUAAAAUUUUUUUAAAUUUACUUGGACGCAUACUUUAUAUUUUUAUAUUAACU